UCCUCGGCGCGGUCGCGCAACGCUCGGACGCGGGAGCGGUUGACUCCUGAUCCACGAAUGUAGGCUUAACGAUCGCGAAAUAGCGAUUUCAGGCUGCGGGAAGAUUUCGGAUCGGUACUCCAAUUAACGACCCGGCGUGCCAUCCUCGAUGGUGAUCGACCGUCGCAAACUGCAAACGAUCGAGCGAAUGAAGAACGGAUGAGGAGAGGAUUUUCGCUGAGUACGAUGAAUACAUGAGACACGGAGAUUAUUGUGGAAGACAAAAAGGUGCUAUGCUUCGGUAGAAACGCAUAUUCUCAAUCAACGGAAGAAGAAGAAGAGGAGGAGGAGAGGAGAACGACAUGAAGAGAAGAAAUUUCGGAUCAAGAAUCUCGACGAGUGUCCCCGCAUUGUGAUUUAUUUACGACUGCACGCGAUAGGAAAAAUGGUGUUCGACGCGAUGUGCGAAGAGCAGAGGAAGCAAUUCUUCAGGCAGAGCUAUGGCGCUCAUUUACCUGGGUAUACAGGUCAUUGUCCCACCCUGAAAUUUCGCGUUGGAAAGAGAUUCGGAGCGAAUACGGAAGAAAUAAUGAAGGAAUUAUUAGAAAAGAAGAUUCUUAAGACUGGACCAUACAGGCCAAGUUCCGGUAGAGAAGUGGAGUUACCAACUCUUCAGGAUAAAGAGAUCAGAAGAGAUUGGAAUAACGAAGCUGUAUCGUACAAGGCGCCGCCGUACAUUCUAGGAUAUACCGGAUACAUUCCUGGCUUCAGUAGCAGAUUCGGCCUAUCCUUCAUGAGAGCCGUGGAAGCCGGCGCGAAGGAGUGGCACGAGGCGCAAAUGAAGCUGAGAGCGCAACGAGACGCGAUGAGGGCUCAUGCCGAGCGGACAGAUCCGAGAAAUCUUCUAUCCCGAGCGAGAGCAGACAAUGUGGAUAUUGAAAUCGAUCACGGUCAUGGCAAAGACAGAAGGACCUACGAUUAUCAUGUCUCCCCAGAAAGACCGCCGAUCGUCGGUUAUACAGGCCACAUUCCGGGAGCGAGAGGAGAAGUCGCGCUCUCCAAGAGGUACGCUCAAGCCGCCAGAAAGGGAUUGGAACGUGUCCAGAGGGAACGCGAAGAAAGGCUCAGCAGGGCCAAAGACAUGAGCGCCGUUGAGAGAGUCCUUGACGAUGCGUACCUCGACGAAACGGGGCACACGCGUGCAUAAGAUGAUGGUCACGGAAAUAUGGU